UCAAAAAUCAAUAAACAACCGCUCGCAUCAAUAAUUUUGUCAAAAUACAAAAAGUAGCUCCAUCAAAAUACAUCUCCACCAAGAGUCUUAUUCCAGGCGGUGCCGCUUUACCCUCGUAUCAGACUCAAACUCCAGUCGUACUGAACUCAACUUACCGGAAAACGCUGCCGGAGUUCGUCGUCAGCCGCCACAAACAGCCAGAAAGUCCGCCCAGUUGAUACAGGUUGGUUUAGAGCUCUCAAAAUGGUUGUAUAACACCUGCCUUGUGUAUCAAGGUUUUGUAGUUACGAAUUGGAAGUUUGGGCGUGCCUUUGUUAAAAAUGUCUGACCUUCCAUUUCAAGUUGGGGAAGUGAUCGAGUCAAAAUCCUUUCAAAAUGGUUUUCGUGGUGCAUGGUUCAGGUGCAAGAUUAUAAAGAUUUGCAAGAAAGGUGGUGAGAUGUACUAUCUGUUGGAGUAUCCUGACUACCCUGAUCAAGGUAGAAGUCAGAUCAAGUUGUAUCAAAUUACCUCUCAUAUUAGCAAGUCAAAGGGCUUCAACAAGGAAUUGAUGGUGCGACCUCGCUUUCCUACCAUAUAUCGUGAAAGUGAAAAGCUUGAUGUCAGUGCUAUCUCAGAAGUGAUAGUUAUUGUUGAUGACGCAUGGAAGGUUGGGGAUUUCGUAGAUUGGUUCACUGAUGGUUGCUAUUGGUGUGGAAAAGUAACUGAAAUAUCUGGAAAUGAUAAAGUUCAGAUUGAUUUGCUACCUCCUCCGCUGGGUGAAGGGUCUUCAUACGAAGCUUUAAACAAGGACCUGCGUCCUUCCUUGGACUGGUCCCUAGAGAAAGGUUGGACUGUGCCUAUGCCUAAGGAGGAUGGAUGCAGGUGUCCUGCUCGGAUAAUGAAUCCAGCAAAUUCAGAUGCUAUUGCAGCAAAUUAUUUGAACAUAAAAGCUACUACAAAUUGUGUUUUGACUCAAAAAGCUAUUACAAAUGGAGCAAUGAACGUUGGUCAGCCUUCAUAUAAAUCCAUGAAGAGGAGAAAGAAAUGCAACUCUGUUGAAAACGGUAUGGAUAUCGAGGAGGCCGACAAUCAAAAAGGAGGAACAACUAUGCCUGCAUCAAUUGAGAAUUUGGAAAGGACUACCAUAAAUGCUGGAUACAAUGUAGAGUAUCCCGCAAAGAAGAUGAGAAGCAACAGUAGCCUUUGUCUGAAUUCCAUGUCUUCUAAUUCAAUAGAGGCAGCAAUUUUGGACUUGGAGGAACUUGUAAAUAGGAUUAAAUGGUUAAGAGAUGUGUUGCAUUGUGAAGUGCCUAUGUCUGGUACUAAACACCCAUCUUGGGAAUUUUUGCAACAUCAUGCACCAUGCAAAUAAUUGUUUUCUAACAAAUGUAAGACCUCGGCAUAAGUUGCUAAUGUUCAAUACCAUAUGAGGUUGUAGAUAUUAUCUUGUCCUUACAUUUGUUAUGGAAUAUAUAGAAGUUUUUCAUUUUUUUCUUUAGGCGUUUGCAUUUUGCCUACUAUUUCUUGCCUCUAUUUUUUCCGAUUACGUGCUCUUGUACAAAAUAUUUUGCAUUGAAAUGUAAGAAUAUUAAAUUUAGGGUUU